CUCUCCAUGCGGUUCACUUGGCAGAGGCGCAGCAGCGCGCCGCGCUCCUCCCCUCUCCUGGUGUGCACCGAUCCUUGAUUAACGCAUCUGCGGUACUUAGAGGCGGAGAAAUAAAACCGAAAAAGUACUUAAACUGCUAUUUUUUUCUUUUUCGUUUCAGGGAAGCAAUGCCUUACCUCAUUCUGCAGGCCAAGUGAGACGGACUAUGGAUGCAGAGUCCGGGUAUUUCACCACUUCAGAGACUCAGACAAAAAUUGACACCAAGUCAGAGAUGAACUUUUAAUAGGCUAAGUCUAGACAACGCUAAAUCAGAAACAUGGAUCUGUAUGCGCAAAAUGAGACCUCUACUUCCCCGGAGUGCGUCGGAGCGCAGACUGACGUGCAGCACAGCGGAGCCGGUAACGGGAGUUUGGAGCAAAACAUCACCUGCAACGCCGUCACACUCGUACCCCGGCGCACGAGGCAGAGCGAUGAGGACCACACGCUGCAGAUCCUGCUCUACUCGCUCAUCUUCUUCCUGAGCGUAUUCGGCAACCUGCUGAUCAUUGUGGUGCUGACUGUCAACAAGCGCAUGCGCACCGUGACCAACACCUUCCUGCUGUCGCUCGCCAUCAGUGACCUGAUGAUGGCCGUCUUCUGCAUGCCUUUCAACCUCAUCCCCAACAUCCUCAAGGACUUCAUCUUUGGAGCAGCUAUGUGCAAGAUAGUGUCCUACCUCAUGGGCAUAUCAGUGAGCAUUUCCACGUUUAGCUUGGUUGCCAUAGCGAUUGAGCGCUACAGCGCCAUCUGUAAUCCCUUGAAGUCACGGGUAUGGCAAACACGUUCCCAUGCCUAUCGGGUGAUUGCAGCUACGUGGGUGCUGGCCUUCAUCAUCAUGAUCCCAUAUCCAAUCAUCAGUCACCUGGAGUCUUUUCAGCGCCGUGACAACACCACAGGGCACCAGUGUCGACACAAGUGGCCCCUUGCAAUGGCAGAGCAGACCUGGUACAUUCUGCUUCUGCUUGUUCUCUUCGCAAUCCCAGGAGUGGUGAUGAUUGUGGCUUAUGGGCUGAUCUCCAGGGAACUUUAUAGAGGCAUCCAGUUUGAGAUGGGCCACAAAAAAGACUCAGCUGAUGUGAAGAACGGCCUGACCUCCAAUGUGUCUACUGGCAGUGAUGAUGGAGAUGGUUGCUACGUUAAUGUCGUCCAGAGGCCGCACUCGAUGGAGAUGUCCACCAUGGCUGCAUCAGGCAGGUCUAUCAAGGCCGAGCGGCCACGCAGCAACACAUCUGAGGCCAAACUGGAGGCCAAGAAGCGAGUCAUUCGCAUGCUGGUGGUCAUUGUUGUCCUGUUCUUCCUCUGCUGGAUGCCGGUGUACUGUGCCAACACCUGGCGGGCUUUUGACGACAGGUCCGCCAAAAAUGCCCUGUCAGGGGCCCCCAUCGCUUUCAUCCAUUUGUUGUGCUACACCUCUGCCUGCGUCAACCCGAUUAUUUACUGCUUCAUGAACACACGUUUCCGCAAAGCUCUGCUCACCACGUUCUCAUGCUGUGCUGCGCCUUGCCAUCGCCGUCGUCGUGGCGGGCUACGGGACAACGAGGAGGAUGUUAUGGCAACGGGAGCGUCCAUGUCCAAGUUCAGUUACACUACAGUCAGCACCAUGGGAACCUGCUGAGCCAGAUGGAUGCAGGCACCAGGAAAGACAGUUACUACGGCAACACAGCACCCCACAUCCUAGUCUUUAGGCCAACUCUGCACUCAUAGUGACUGUGACGUGGAGUGGAAAAACAGGCCAUAUAAUGUAGCAGUAUAAAAGCUUCAUGUAUGACUGUGACUAAACUUAUGUAGGUAUUAUUUAAUGAAACCAAGUCUUACAGUGUAAAUACUAGCAUUGCUAUACUGAAAAAAGCACAAAAAACAUAGUAGACAGUUAUCUGUUGUCACAGUGGACCAAUGCCUUUAUGGCAGGGCGUGCGCGUGUAUUACUAGUGCAGAGGAUGUGAGUAGUGGUGAGCUGUAUGAUAUGUGAGGGAGGCAAUCUUGAUAACUUAGUAGUCAUUAUGUAGCUGUAAAAAUAGUGUUUUAUAUUUUGCUCUCAGUUGUAAUGUUUAUCGGUGUUAAUGAUGAUAACGCAAUUGCCUUGUGGACUAAGUGCCUGCUACUAAAUAUUGUGUACUAUGUUUGUCUGCUGUUGAUUUUACGUCAUUCAGUAUGAGGGCAACAUAAUCGCAGGCAAGUUGUAACCUGAAGGGGUUGGAAGUAACGUUUAAAGACUCAAAAGAUCUUCUAAACGAACUCAACAUCUUCUUUAGAACUUAGGAAUUUCCUCCAGAUGGGAAUUGAUAAGAUUAAUAAAUUGUCUGUUCUACUUGGCUACAUGGUUUACAGAAGAAAAAAAAAAACUUCAGAGGCAUAAACUGUUUACAGUACAUGGGCGGUGUUGAUGCCUUGUGUUGUGGUUGUCAACUGUAAUGCUAGUCACCUUUGUGUUGUUUAGUUUUUAGAGAUGGAUUUUUCUUUGUAUGCGCCAGUGUUUAUUUGUACGUUGUUCUUGCAGCUGAACACAGUAGCAAAUAUGACAAGGGAGACUUGACACUUUGAACUGACUUGGUACUUUCUUUCUCAUUUGAGGGUCUCCUCAUUUGAGGGCAGUAAAUUGGCACAAUUGGAAACAAAUCUGAGCUAUUUUAAGAGACCAUACAAACGAUCGUAUUUUGGAAUAUCAAUUUAAUACUUUGAUAAAUUUCAUGGUACAGUAUCAGAAGAUUGUAGCUUAGAGCUGUAUGGUGCAUAGACAACCCGCCACAGCUCCCCUCUUUGUCUCUGUGUCACAUCUGUGGACCCUUUCUUUUUCCUUUUCCUUUUUUAUUUGCAGCUUAUGAAAAGUGUGACUUACUACUCUAAAACUAGAGGCCUUAAGGGAAAAAGCUUAUUUGUGACACUACGUUCAAGUUCAGUGAUUAACCUUAUUUGUGUAUGGUUGGAUGAGUAACUCUUAAUCUGGUGCAUUUCAGUGACUUGUCUUUGUGUUAAGUGUGUAGUGCUUGGUGAAGACAAAAACUUAAUUAUAAUUAUAAUAUACCAAGCAAGUCUUUUGACUCACAAUGACAUAAUUUAAAACAAAAAUUUAAAAGAAGGAGUCAUGCGCAUAUGUUAAUUCUGUUGUACAGUAGUUUACACAGACAGUAAAUGUUGCUAAUAUAUUAUAUUUGUUACUAUAUAUACUAUAUAUAUAUAUAUAUGUACUGUCUGACAACAUCGAAGAGUGAUUUUCAUGAACAAUAAGUUCAGUGCAGCCUUACGGUAUGUUUUAAAAGAGGUUACAAGAGGAUCAAGUACCUACAGCAUUUACGAAUAAGCUCAGUGACUUGCUGUCCCCGUGUAGCUCACCUGCAGGCUACAGAAUGGCAGCCAGGUUUCGGAGGUCGCUGUUUGUCAGGCCUGACUCUGGCUCCCCCGCUCACCUCACAGUAAUUGUGUUACGACCUCAAACCUGCCUGGCUGAGAGGAUAUUUCACUGAGUGCACCAAAGCACAACGCUGUCAGUCUCACAAAAAUAGAUGAAUGACCCGCACUUGUGAGCAUGUUUUGGAUGAUUCUACAUCAGCCCGCAGCUUUUGCAGUUUAUUGUGUACACUAUUCCCUUUGUGUAUAAAAUAUAAAUCAUACUGAUACCUUACUGCUUGAGGCGAUACAACAACAAGGCAGAGAAUUUCAUUGGCUGAAACCUCAGUCUGUGUUUUAGAAAAUCUGACAAUCUUGGUGCCAUGGCUAGACUAGGACAAUAAAAUCUUACACUUACGUGCUAAUGAAUUAGUUUCUGCUACCGCUGCUACAGUCACAGAACUUUACCUCCACACAUGUCGACUGUAGAGAGGAGGACAAAGCCCCAUCAUCUUUAAAACACAAGAUACAGGCUUUGUAUGAAUGGCUUUGUCCUUAAAUAUGCACAUACAGUAAAACCAAAGUGAGAUCAUGGUAGAUAGAGUGUGCUUUUCAAAUCAAAAUGCCUGUCUGAUCUCUCAGUCCCAGUGUUAAAUUGUGGGAAAGCAGAUGUUUUCUUCCUGCAGUAAAUAGAGAGAAGGUGUUUCAGUCUACAAGUAGCGUUUCCCAGAAAGAGGAAUACUAUCCGUCUGUGUUGAUGUUUAUGAGUGACACUUAGAAAGUGUUUCUUUUCCGGAAAGCUGUGAGAGCUGAUUUCCCUGUGGUGUCACAGAGGCCAUUAGAUGUUAUGACUUGCCCCCCACCCAACCUCAUCCAGUCGCUACAAAUACACACACACACACACAUACACACAGACGCACAUACGCACAGUACUCCUGCUUAAACUGGUUAUUUGGCACUUGCUCACAACCAAUUACAGACAGAUACCAAUAAUAUGUUCUUUUCCUUCUUCACAAAAUGAAUACUGGCCAUGAAAAUGAAAAUACCUGUGAUGAUAAAUUCUCAGUAGAUAAUGGUUUGAUCUCCAAUUAACAUAUUCCACUUAUGUAGUAUAAGUAAAUGUCAGUGCGAAUAGAGUUUUCUAAAGGUUACAGUAAAUGUCACCUUCAGUCCUCUGUUUAAAAAUGGUACGUUGGUGUUCAUAUUUACAAGCUUCAUAGUAUAUGUAACAUGUAUUCUUCGGGAAUAGAAAUGAUGUUGGCAGAAAUGGCUUUUUCAAAAUAACACUUACAGUAUAGUCAUGUAUCAGGAAAUGUUAUUAAUAUGUUCAGAUGUCAGUUAAAGAGGCAUAGUAAAAAGAGAAAAUUUAUUUGAGCAAUUCACAGCUUGUGUUGCCCAGGGCUCUGUGAGUUUAAAGCUGCACUCAUCAAUAUUUUUGACAUUAUCAAUGGAGCAAAUUACGACUUGCAAUGUGAAAGGGGUCAGUGGUAGUGACGAACUUAUCACCCGUCUUUCCAGUUCAACUCGGCUCCACAGUGUUUUUGACUAUUUUGGCUCACGGUUUUGGUUUUCUGGUCCACAGUUCUGUUCUCAUCAUCAUGCGGCAUCAGGCUACUGUUUUCAACAAAUAAUAAAUCCCUCAAGAGUUGGUGGACACCAAAACAGAGCCAAAGCCAGGUGAAUAUUGGACUUACGUGAAUCAAGACACAGGAAAUAGAACUCAAAAUAACUGCUAAUUUUGCUCCUGCUGGAUAUGUAAAUAGGCAACUGUUUGCUAACAUGUUUGCCAUAAUGCCUCUUUAAGGGGAUAAUAUAUAAAUGUUGUGUUUUAAGCCUUUAACACUGCUCCAGAGAGCUUAAAAAAAAUCAGUUACUGCAGCUUUUAAUGUUGGGGUUGCACUCCUUGCCAGCUCCCACCAACAAGUUAAGUUUCAAGUAAAUUUGAACGCUUUAAGCAUGACAAGAAACAUUCAUUUACCUCCAGUGUAUUGCAAACUCAGAAGUAGACAUACUAGAGACAUCUGUGAUAUCUCAAAAUCUUGAUAAAUAAAACAUAAACUAUUUGCAUGGAUGGAUAAUGUAAUGUUUUUAUUUUUUUUGCAGUUGGUUCUUUCAAAUUAUAAACAUGGUCCAUACAUACUGAGCAUGUCAAUCAUGCAGAAGAUGUAGUGAGAUAAAGGAGACACGUUAGGUACAAAUCUUUUAACAUAUAUGUCAGUUUUUAUAAUUAAUGCUAUACAGUGUGAAUACAUAAAAACUGAAAGAGAGGUAAAAGUGUCUCCACCACAGACCGUGCAUGCUAUUGACUGAACACUGAAGGGACUCUUCUCACAUUCACACAAGUAAUCAAUCAUGUCAGUCAAGACAAUGAGGUGAUCUUUACAAAAUGACAAGCAUUCGUUCCUUUGAUAAUUAUACCCCUGCUGCUAAACUACCCUCUCCUCUCCACAAAGACUACACAAAGCUAUUACUUGUUGUGCGGUUUAAUUUCUCUGCUUGCACCCUCACCUCCCCCUGUUCUAGCUUCUUGACAAUGGCAUCUCUUACCUUUAACAUUAUGUGUGCCCAUAUCUCAGUGAAAUGUCUGUAGGGCUGUUACCACUGCUCAGAUUGCAGGGCACCCUCAUGAGCAGAGCCCAUUACUCCAAAUAAAAGUGUAACCAUUUGUCACAAUACACAAGUGUCACUGACAAAUGGUGCAGCUCUGCUCAGGGGGAGUGCUGCUGGUGAAUGAUAGGGACACCAUCCACAGGUGUUGCAGAGAAAGACUCUAGGAAAUAGGGGUUGACGGUUUGAGUGGGGUCAUAAUUGUUUAAAGUGAGCAAAGCUGAUGUGUGCGAAGCAAAUUUGCCCAACUGGGCAGCACUGCCAGGUGCAUUCAUGACAAAUCCACUCAGCAGCAGUAAGAUAAAUAAAAAAGGAGUUUGGUUAUCCGAAUGGAAAAUCCUGCUUGUCCUGGCAAUGUGAGAUAGUACAGAUUCCCUACUGAGUUGUAACUGUUUAACUGUAACUGCAUUGAAAUUGAUUAGUGUUACUUUUGGCUUGCCAUUAUAUCAGCAGUAGUAGUUUUAAAGUAAGAUAUUUAUUACUGAUGCAUUAAGGAAGAAUAAUUGUGCUCCUUUUGCAUGGCUGAAUAUGCUGUUGGUCACUGUGAGUGUGAGUGCAUUUCCUUGUGUUAAUAGAAGAAGUAAUUCAGAUGGCAUUAAGUGUCGUUCCAUAUUUACUGUUGCAAAAUUUGUUGUAUAGGAGACAGGGUUGUGUGAGCAAAAUAUAAAUUAAAAUUUGAAAGCACUAAAACUAGAUUUUGAUACAGAGCAUCUGUAGAAGAGGGACAAAACAUUAACUAAUUAGAGACCAUCUUGCGAUGGACUCACACCAACUAUAACACCCGUCAACAUGUUGAUGUUCCGUCCCAUCAGCAGACCUACUCUGUAGUUCUUACUACAUUAUUACUACAUUAUUACAUGCUUAUGGGUCGAACCACACCCAUCUUCAAACUUGGCCUACAUUUUGAUUUCACUUACACACCUGUGAAGUUUUGUGACUGUAUCUUGCAUGGUUGUGACACAAUCGCGGUGACAAAAUCUUGUCCACAUACAUAUAAACACUUACCAAAGUACUGAAAACUGCCUCUGUGGUAGUAGUUGUACCGCAGUAGCUGUGGUAGCUGUUGUCUCCAGGACCACUUCUUGCCAUGACACACACACACACAUCCGCAAGGUGAAAACAAUACCAGCCCUUUUGUCAUGGCUGGUAAUAAUGCAGGACCUGUCUUUGUUGAUUGCACUUUUGUAAUGUAAAUUCACAACAAACUUCAGCAAAUUUGCAAUUAAUCAAACUACUAACGCUACACAGUGAAUUUAGGGAUUUUCAAGGCCCCUGGAGCUCUGGAGCCUCAGGAUAGUUGCCAGCUUUGCCCCUCUAAUUACUUGUAAACAUUUGCUCAUAAAAUAAGAAGCUCAUUUCUGACACAACAAAGGUUUCAUUGUCCCUUGAAAGAACUAUGGAAAAACCACACUGCAGCCUUUUUUUUUUAAGGCUGUCACAAGCAUCUUUGCUGUUGAGUCGUCAAGAUGAACAGAAUCGGCAGUUUUCAGGCACAUGCGCAGGGAGUUGCAAUGGGAUUUAUAUUUUAAUAUAGUCUUCGGGGCUGUAAUGUAACAACGAUGUAUUAGUCAUUUCAGCCAUCAUAUCAAUAUGAUCCAUGUGGACUGAAGAAAUCAUAUUGUGGAACACAAUGAUGAGGAUUAAAGGCCAUGUCAUUUGAAAGUUAAGCAUCUGGGUAUUGUCUCAUUAGUGUUGUUGUUUACUGUUUCUGGGGCAGAUUUUGGAAUAGUGCAGCCAUCUUGCUGUGAAUGUUAGUGACACAAAAGCCUUCUCUGGCAAGAGGCAAAUAUAAAUGGUAUCCAUGUAUAUCUGUGUACAUACCUGCUCAUCUAUAUCACUGUUAAUAUACACGUAUUGUUCUGAAUUGUACUGAAAUCAGGUGUCAAAAAUAUUAAAUGAAAUAUUCUCUUGUAUAUUUGCUCAGUGACGUUCUGUAAGGGAAAGAGCUGAUCUUGCGACUCAGUGAUAUACAGUAGUGUUCCAUGUGUCUAAGCAGCUUGUUCAGGCCGUAGGCUCGGAUGGGAUGAACAAGGAUGAAGGGUUAGAGAAGCAUACAAGGACACAUUUAGAUUUACUCGAAUGGUCACGGUUCAAAGGCCACCAUUGCCUUAAGUGUGUUUUGAGUGUACAGUAUCUGUAUGUCUGUGUGUGCACAUGUGUGUGUGUCCUUCAUACAUUUACUAUGUAAAUACAUGAGUCACUUCUGUUUGAGGCGAAGCUGGAGAUGAAAGCAUUUGGCAAUACUGUUUCUCCAUCCAUGGAAAAGAACAUGGGCAAUGGCAAGCACUCUUGAUACUGACAUAUUCAGUGUUGGCUUGACAUUGUCUAAUGUCUCUGGGUAAAAGGUGAUGAAACAGGUCUUAUUGCUACUAUUGUACUUUCUAAAAAAGUGAGAACUUUGAGAAAAUAAUCUGUGAAAAAUGUUCAGUGUGGUUUUCUUGGCUGCUUUUCAUGUGUCUUGACUAGUACGUUUGUGCUGCUAUGACGCUGUAAGGCCUUAGGUGUUUACUCGUGGUUUGGAAUGUGUAGUUUUCCCUUCUGGUUUAUGCUCUAGAUGGAGGAGGUUCAACGGGUCUACCUCCCUUAUGACAAGGCAGAUUCAUUGCUAUCAUGAUUGUUGUCACAGCCACUAUUCAUUGCUUCUGACUUGGCAGACAGAAUAGGUGUGCUACCUAUCUCUGCAUUUGUAUACUCUGUAUGGAAAAUGUGUGUGAAUCUGUGUGUCAGAGAAAGAGACACAAUCAUCAAAAUCAUCAAGUACAGGCAGAUUUUGUGGCAUUUGUUGUAUGUGAUGUUUGAGAUUUUAUGAUAGCUUCUGUGGCUUAUGAAAUUAAUGAUCCUCAUGUCUGACAGAUGCACAUUUUGUGUUUCUAUCUCUCUCUCUCUAUAUCUCUCUCUCUCUCUCACACACACACACACACACACACACACGCACAAAACAGCUUUAAAUGUGUAUGUACAACUGGGUGAUUAUCCAGUUGGUAGUGAUUUGCUUUUGCUUUUUGUGUAAUGUUAUUCAAUUCUAAUAAAGUCUCUGUCAAAUUGUACCAAA